UCGCCGAGCAGCGGCGGCGGCGGCAGCAGCAGCGGCAGCCGCAACAUCUGGGGGAAACUUAAGGUGGUCACGUAGGUUUCCCCGAGGCUGCGGCGCAGAAGAGCCCGCGGCUUCCUGGGGCAGCCGCAGGGCAUCUGAUGGCAACGCCUCCCCAGCCGCCGGCAAGCUGGGGGCAGCAGGGAGUAGGCAAAGGCGGGGCUGCAGAUUAGGGUUGAGUAGCCCGGGAUCCCGAAUAGUUCCACGGAGCCAUCGGCCGGUACUGAGAACACGAGUAGGGGGGCAAGUUGCAAAAGGGUCCCGGCGGCCUGGAAACGAGCCACACCGAGAAAGGAGGGGCGGCUGGGACGCUCUGCGCGAGUAGAAAAGCGGGGGCGGCUCCGAACUUUCCCUCCCAAGGCCCAGCCGCUGGAAGCCCCGCGGGAGAAGCCCUAGGAAGCCCUCCCAGCUCCGGCCGGGAGACGGGGAGGGGGCUUGCCCCUCGGAGCUGCAGCGUUGCCUUUGCUAGAAAGCUCCCUGCGCCCUCGGCGUGGCUAGGGGAAAUGACUUGCAAAGCAGAAUCGGCGGCGACUCGGACGGCCGCGGGGGUGGGACACGCUCCCACAGCCAGCUCGGGCCCCUCUCCUGGCUGGGCUGUAGGCUCACACCUUACGCUUUGCGGAGUCGCUGCCCCCAAUCCCCACCCGCUUCGCUUUUCUUGUCCAGUGUUUCUGGACUCUAAGAUUGAGGCUGUGAUAGACCUUGUGUUUCAAACGAAGGUUGAUUUAUCUCCCUAAAACUCGUGGAAGGGGUACGAAUUGGUGAGCACCGAGGAGUAUCGAAAGUAUUAGAGUUUGCAGAAGGUGGGAAUCAGAGUACCUUUCUGCAGAAGGCGCACCUGUUGCCUGCUGCUCGGCAGCAUUGUCUGCGAAAGGAAAAGCGGCGACGCUUCACUCUGACUUUUGGGGUUUCUAAAGAGCUGGGUCACGGUCACUGUCUACCCUGUCCCCUUCCUUCCCCCCCCCCCCACGCACCACGUCCUCCGUCGAACGUGGGCACUGCAUGGAAAUAAGGAAACAUAGAAAAAUAGGCCCUACCCCCACUCCCAUUCCCUUUCAGAUGGGAGUGUGGGGAGUGGGGGUGGGGUAGAGAGAGUGAGAGAGAGAGAUAAUGAGAAUGAAUAUAUGCCAGAAGAGGAGGAGGCCUGGGACAGGAAAAGGGAGUAAAAGGGGAUGAACCGGGUAGGGAAAUCCCACCCGAACUGCGUGAGCCCUCUGAGCGUCUCGUGUCAUGGGACAUCUGUACGCUCUUCCGCUAAGGGGGUGACGAAGGUGGGUGGGAGAGGUUAAGGCGCUGCAAGGCACAUCCCACUCUGUGCGGCUCCAGGUGCGUGCUACCUGGCCCACGCCGGCCUUCCCUUCCGCCGGUGCUUUUGUUGCACCCUCCCCACAUGUGAGCUGCCGAGCCGCUGCGAGGGCGCAGGGGCUUCGGGGAAAGUGAAGUGUCGCGGCGCUGCGGGCUGCGCAGACCUGGGAGAGGUCACACCUCUUUCGGAAAAAAAAAGAAAAGAAAAAAAAGAAAACACCAAAAACCACCCAAGCUGGCUACCAAGGUGAACACAGAGCGGUUCCCACCUUAAAAUCGGCCCUGCUCGUGACGUCAGGUCGGAAAUAUACCAAAGCGAGCGCGGGCCAGGAGUCCAGGGAGCGCGGCAGCGCGGCGAUUGGGCGGCGGGCCGCUGACGCGCGCUGACGCGCGGAGACUUUAGGUGCAUGUUGGCAGCGGCAGCGCGAGCCACAUAAACAAAGGCACAUUGGCGGCCAGGGCCAGUCCGCCCGGCGGCUCGCGCACGGCUCCGCGGUCCCUUUUGCCUGUCCAGCCGGCCGCCUGUCCUUGCUCCCUCCCUCCGUGAGGUGUCCGGGCUCCCUUCGCCCAGCUCGCCCACCCCUCCCCGACCCCGGCGCCCGGGCUCCCAGAGGGAACUGCACUUCGGCAGAGUUGAAUGAAUGAAGAGAGACGCGGAGAUCUCCUAACCAUGCCUUGUGUUCAGGCGCAGUAUGGGUCCUCGCCUCAAGGAGCCAGCCCCGCUUCUCAGAGCUACAGUUACCACUCUUCGGGAGAAUACAGCUCCGAUUUCUUAACUCCAGAGUUUGUCAAGUUUAGCAUGGACCUCACCAACACUGAAAUCACUGCCACCACUUCUCUCCCCAGCUUCAGUACCUUUAUGGACAACUACAGCACAGGCUACGACGUCAAGCCACCUUGCUUGUACCAAAUGCCCCUGUCCGGACAGCAGUCCUCCAUUAAGGUAGAAGACAUUCAGAUGCACAACUACCAGCAACACAGCCACCUGCCCCCCCAGUCUGAGGAGAUGAUGCCGCACUCCGGGUCGGUUUACUACAAGCCCUCCUCGCCCCCGACGCCCACCACCCCGGGCUUCCAGGUGCAGCACAGCCCCAUGUGGGACGACCCGGGGUCUCUCCACAACUUCCACCAGAACUACGUGGCCACUACGCACAUGAUCGAGCAGAGGAAAACGCCAGUCUCCCGCCUCUCCCUCUUCUCCUUUAAGCAAUCGCCCCCUGGCACCCCGGUGUCUAGUUGCCAGAUGCGCUUCGACGGGCCCCUGCACGUCCCCAUGAACCCGGAGCCCGCCGGCAGCCACCACGUGGUGGACGGGCAGACCUUCGCUGUGCCCAACCCCAUUCGCAAGCCCGCGUCCAUGGGCUUCCCUGGCCUGCAGAUCGGCCACGCGUCGCAGCUGCUCGACACGCAGGUGCCCUCACCGCCGUCGCGGGGCUCCCCCUCCAACGAGGGGCUGUGCGCUGUGUGUGGGGACAACGCGGCCUGCCAACACUACGGCGUGCGCACCUGUGAGGGCUGCAAAGGCUUCUUUAAGCGCACAGUGCAAAAAAAUGCAAAAUACGUGUGUUUAGCAAAUAAAAACUGCCCAGUGGACAAGCGUCGCCGGAAUCGCUGUCAGUACUGCCGAUUUCAGAAGUGCCUGGCUGUUGGGAUGGUCAAAGAAGUGGUUCGCACAGACAGUUUAAAAGGCCGGAGAGGUCGUUUGCCCUCGAAACCGAAGAGCCCACAGGAGCCCUCUCCCCCUUCGCCCCCGGUGAGUCUGAUCAGUGCCCUCGUCAGGGCCCAUGUCGACUCCAACCCGGCUAUGACCAGCCUGGACUAUUCCAGGUUCCAGGCGAACCCUGACUAUCAGAUGAGUGGAGAUGACACCCAGCAUAUCCAGCAAUUCUAUGAUCUCCUGACUGGCUCCAUGGAGAUCAUCCGGGGCUGGGCGGAGAAGAUCCCUGGCUUCGCAGACCUGCCCAAAGCCGACCAAGACCUGCUUUUUGAAUCAGCUUUCUUAGAACUGUUUGUCCUUCGAUUAGCAUACAGGUCCAACCCAGUGGAGGGUAAACUCAUCUUUUGCAAUGGGGUGGUCUUGCACAGGUUGCAAUGCGUUCGUGGCUUUGGGGAAUGGAUUGAUUCCAUUGUUGAAUUCUCCUCCAACUUGCAGAAUAUGAACAUCGACAUUUCUGCCUUCUCCUGCAUUGCUGCCCUGGCUAUGGUCACAGAGAGACACGGGCUCAAGGAACCCAAGAGAGUGGAAGAACUGCAAAACAAGAUUGUAAAUUGUCUCAAAGACCACGUGACUUUCAACAAUGGGGGGUUGAACCGCCCCAAUUAUUUGUCCAAACUGUUGGGGAAGCUCCCAGAACUUCGUACCCUUUGCACACAGGGGCUACAGCGCAUUUUCUACCUGAAAUUGGAAGACUUGGUGCCACCACCAGCAAUAAUUGACAAACUUUUCCUGGACACUUUACCUUUCUAAGACCUCCUCCCAAGCACUUCAAAGGAACUGGAAUGAUAACGGAAACUGUCCAGAGGGGGCAAGUCACAUGGGCAGAGAUAGCCGUGUGAGCUGUCUCAGCUCAAGCUGCCCCCCAUUUCUGUAACCCUCCCAGCCCCCUUGAUCCCUAAAGAAAACAAACAGACAAACAAAAACUGUUGCUAUUUCCUAACCUGCAGGCAGAACCUGAAAGGGCAUUUUGGCUCCGGGGCAUCCUGGAUUUAGAACAUGGACUACACACAAUACAGUGGUAUAAACUUUUUAUUCUCAGUUUAAAAAUCAGUUUGUUGCUCAGAAGAAAGAUUGCUAUAAUGUAUAAUGGGAAAUGUUUGGCCAUGCUUGGUUGUUGCAGUUCAGACAAAUGUAACACACACAUGCACACACACACACACACACAUACAGACAGACACACACAAACACAUCUUAAGGGGACACACAAGUAUUGCCCUUUAACAAGACUUCAAAGUUUUCUGCUGUAAAGAAAGCUGUAAUAUAUAGUAAAACUAAAUGUUGCGUGGGUGGCAUGAGUUGAAGAAGGCAAAGGCUUGUAAAUUUACCCAAUGCAGUUUGGCUUUUUAAAUUAUUUUGUGCCUAUUUAUGAAUAAAUAUUACAAAUUCUAAAAGAUAAGUGUGUUUGCAAAAAAAAGAAAAUAAAUACAUAAAAAAGGGACAAGCAUGUUGAUUCUAGGUUGAAAAUGUUAUAGGCACUUGCUACUUCAGUAAUGUCUAUAUUAUAUAAAUAGUAUUUCAGACACUAUGUAGUCUGUUAGAUUUUAUAAAGAUUGGUAGUUAUCUGAGCUUAAACAUUUUCUCAAUUGUAAAAUAGGUGGGCACAAGUAUUACACAUCAGAAAAUCCUGACAAAAGGGACACAUAGUGUUUGUAACACCGUCCAACAUUCCUUGUUUGUAAGUGUUGUAUGUACCGUUGAUGUUGAUAAAAAGAAAGUUUAUAUCUUGAUUAUUUUGUUGUCUAAAGCUAAACAAAACUUGCAUGCAGCAGCUUUUGACUGUUUCCAGAGUGCUUAUAAUAUACAUAACUCCCUGGAAAUUACUGAGCACUUUGAAUUUUUUUAUGUCUAAAAUUGUCAGUUAAUUUAUUAUUUUGUUUGAGUAAGAAUUUUAAUAUUGCCAUAUUCUGUAGUAUUUUUCUUUGUAUAUUUCUAGUAUGGCACAUGAUAUGAGUCACUGCCUUUUUUUUCUAUGGUGUAUGACAGUUAGAGACGCUGAUUUUUUUUUUCUGAUAAAUUCUUUCUUUGAGAAAGACAAUUUUAAUGUUUACAACAAUAAACCAUGUAAAUGAA